AGAAGCACAGGCAAAGGUCACAACCGCGUGUGCCGUGUGGCACAAAGAGGCUGUGGAGCCCCCCACAUUGAGUCCUGGAACACCCCAGAGAGCCCUUGGGGACCAACAGGCACUGUGGCACAGCGAGGACAGCAGCUCCCGCGCCUGGUGCUCAGGCCUCAUCCAAACCCCGGUGCCUUCAGCCCCUUAGUCCCUCCAAAGCUUUCUACAUGGAACGUAGUGACCCACCACGAGAUCUGCAGCUCCAUUUUGCUCUUGGGCACAAGAGCAGAAGUGACACCACCCGUGGCUCCCGUCUCUCUCCCAGACUCAGCCAUCCCGACACAAGAGCCCGGGCAGCAGCAGCCCCUGCCCAUGGGCUCGGCUCCCCCAGCUGAGGUGGCAGCCCAGGCCCUGCUGGACCCACCAGCAGGGCCACCGGUGGCUCCAGAUGACUGCUACUUGGAUUCUGAAGUCCACAGGAGCCAGCAGCCCAUCACCAUCCCGCCUCCACUCACUGUAUACAUUGGUGGGCAUGGGACUGGUUCUGAGCCACGCACUGCCCUCUUGGUUCCCUGGGGCAGUAGGAACUCCCUGGCCACCCCAGCCCCAGGGACACCCCAGGGCCAAACCAAAAACCUCUCCCCUUCCGUGAAGAAGAGGACAAAGAAGAAAAACAAGAAGAUGGUGUUGGCCCACGCCCCACCAGUGCUGUCUGUAACCUCCACACGUGGCUGCCAGACCCUUCAGGAGCAGUCCAACGAGGUCAACACCACCAGCACAGGCACCUCCACCUCAGAGGCCACCUUGGGAAACAACAUCUCCCCAAGAAGUGAGGUCCCCUCCAGCCCCUCUGCCCUCCCUCAAGACCCUGGGCAGCUGGCAGAUGUUCUUCAACUGCCUGAUGAGGUGCCUCUUAGAGAUGCCCUGAGGUUCUUUGACUGCUUCAUGGAAGAUGUGGAGGUCAUCAAGGAUAAGACCAGGAGCAGCCCCGUGCCUGAAGAACACAGAGGCACUGGUCAAGCCAUCCCCCCCUGCGCCUUCUCCUCCCUGUCACUACCUGAGGAGGUGCCACUUGAAGAUGCCCUGAGGUUCUUCGGCUGCUUCACAGAAGAUGUGGAGGUCAUCAAGGAUAAGACCAGGAGCAGCCCUGUGACUGAGGAACACAGAGGCACUGGUUUAGCCAUCGCCCCCUGCGCCUUCUCCUCACUGUCACUACCUGAGGAGGUUCCUCUUGAAGACGCCCUGAGGUUCUUCGACUGUUUUACGGAAGAUGUGGAGGUCAUCAAAGAUGAGACCAGGAGCAGCCCUGGGCCUGAAGAACACAGAGGCGCUGGUGCAGCCAUCCCGCCCUGCCCCUCCUCCUCACCGUUGCUACCUGAGGACCUGCUCAGUCCCGACUACAGCGUCCCCAAAACUGCAGACGCCAUCCUGAGCCUCAAUGAAUUUGUCAUGAGCUUGGGGCCACAAGACCCGUGGGAGGAAGCAGAGAUGGACAUUGAACCACCCCAGUGCUCUGUGUUUGAGAGGCGGGGGCAAAAGAGAGGGAAGAGCCCCUUGCCAUCACCACCCAGCAAGCGCAGGGCACUGGGGGAGAGCCAAGAGGUGGAAGGGUGGGAUUAGAAUCAUGGUGGGGAUGGCAUGGAGAAGGGAGAGUAGGUUUGGAGAGGAAGGAAGGGUGCGUUUUGAGGGGUGGAGAGGAAGGAGACGGCGAGUUU